UCGGGCGCUGGUGGCAAACUUUGGGAAUGAUAGAAAAGGCUGAAGAUAAUCGCGGAGAGAAGGUGUAAUGCUAGUUUUGCGGACUGGAAUAUCAUUUAUACUGUAAGCACCAGACUGUAGUGUUUGGAUUCAGCAGGAUCCACAUAAAGGUACGCAAUUCUAAGACAUGUCGGAGGACGUGAACUCUGUGCUACCUUGGUCCAUCAACAAGGAUGACUAUGAGCUGCAGGAGGUUAUCGGAAGUGGAGCUACAGCUGUGGUUCAGGCUGCCUACUGUGCGCCCAGAAAAGAGAAGGUCGCCAUCAAACGCAUCAAUCUGGAAAAAUGCCAGACCAGCAUGGAUGAGCUCCUGAAAGAGAUCCAGGCGAUGAGCCAGUGUCACCAUCCCAACAUUGUGUCGUACUACACCUCCUUUGUGGUAAAGGAUGAGCUGUGGUUGGUAAUGAAGUUGCUUAGUGGUGGCUCUGUGUUGGACAUAAUCAAGCACAUCAUUUCUAAAGGGGAACACAAGACCGGUGUGCUUGAUGAACCUAGUAUAGCUACUAUACUGAAAGAGGUUCUUCAAGGCCUUGAGUACCUUCACAAAAACGGACAAAUUCACAGAGAUCUUAAAGCUGGAAACAUUCUGUUAGGAGAAGAUGGAUCUGUCCAAAUUGCAGAUUUCGGUGUAAGUGCCUUCUUAGCCACAGGCGGCGACAUGACGCGAAAUAAAGUUCGCAAGACAUUUGUAGGAACCCCAUGUUGGAUGGCCCCAGAAGUGAUGGAGCAGGUGAAAGGGUACGACUUCAAAGCGGACAUCUGGAGUUUUGGGAUCACAGCCAUAGAGCUGGCCACAGGCGCUGCGCCUUACCACAAAUACCCUCCUAUGAAGGUGCUGAUGUUGACCCUGCAGAAUGAUCCACCUUGCCUUGAGACUGGGAUUACGGACAAAGAGAUGGUGAAGAAAUAUGGCAAAUCCCUGAGAAAGAUGAUCUCGUUGUGUUUGCAGAAGGACCCAGAGAAAAGGCCAACAUCAUCAGAGCUCCUAAAGCAUAAAUUCUUCCAGAAAGCCAAGAAUAAUGAAUUUCUGCAGGAAAAGUUGCUACAUAGAGCACCUACAAUAUCAGAGAGAGCAAGACGGGUACGGCGGGUACCCGGCUCCAGCGGGAGACUCCAUAAAACAGAAGAUGGCGAGUGGGAAUGGAGUGAUGAUGAACUGGAUGAGGAGAGCGAGGAGGGAAAAGCCGCCGUCGCCGCUUUACGGGAGCAGCAGUCCAAGUCGACAAGGCGUCAAGUCCGAUUCUCUCAGCCUCUUGAGCUGCCCCCGCCCAGGUCACCUAGAGUAAGGGAAGGAGAGGAGGAUACAGAGAAUUUCCAGGCUUAUGGCAGUCAGCUGCAGCCUGAACUACCUCAGAACGCUGGCCAGGGUCCAGCACAAGUUUCCCCACCCAACUCUCAAAAUAACGCACCAACCACGGCCCCAUCUCACGGCAAGCCUGCAGCUGCAAACCCUGCGCAGGCCCCAGGAACCGAGUCCCCCAUCAGUUUGGUAUUAAGGUUAAGAAACUUAAAGAAGGAGCUGAAUGACAUCCGAUUUGAGUUCAUGCCUGGCAGAGACACAGCUGAUGGGGUUUCUCAAGAACUAGUCUCAGCUGGACUGGUAGAUGGGAGAGAUUUAGUUAUAGUGGCUGCUAAUUUGCAGAAGAUAGUCGAAGAACCUCAUUCCAAUAAAAAUGUCACUUUUAAACUGGCCUCUGGUGUUGAGGGCUCUGACAUUCCUGAUGAUGUCAAACUCUUGGGAUUCGCUCAGCUCAGCAUUAAUUAAACUUCAGCUCUGUGCGAGACCAUGACUUGCCUACAAAUGUGAAAACAUACCAACACUAGCAACAGAUUAACACAUUGCUAUAUUUGCCCCUCUAUUCAUCACCCAAAAGAAACCACUGUUGCCAAAGAGAAAAGCACCAUUGCGCCAACACACAGGAGUUCAUGAAAUGACUGAGUUGCACAAUGUGAGAUUCAUCAUAAUUUGUAGGAAUAAAUUAAAAUAAAGUUUACGAUUUAUGCAUAUACGUAUGCAGUUAUCAUCACAUCCAGAUAUAACCUUAAUGUUGUUUUUUAUAUUUAUACCUUUUUUUUUUCUUACUUUGCACAAUCUGAACUCCCCUUAAAAUGAUUUUUGAAUGCCUCUCUAUUAUAACUAAAUAUGGGGUGCAUAGUGGGGAAUGAAACACAAUGAUUCUUUAUGGUGGAAAUAAGUGACUGUGGUUAUAAAUGUUGUUUGCAUGUACAGUACCUUUUCAAUGCCUUUGAAAAGAAACGGCUAGAUUUUUUUUCAGGAGCGCUUUGCAUGCAUUAUUUACUUGGAAGGUUCAUUCAAACAAACCUUUUUUCCAUCAUAGAGAAUUUAACAGUUUGUUAAUCUCAGAUUUCAGGUUGAUGUGCUCAACAACACAAGUAAGAAGACCCUGUCUCUGCUGUUGUACAGAGAGCCUGUUUUUGUUUUUUUUUACUUGGCUAGUGUUUGUACACCUACCAGAUGUUUUGGUAAUGCAUAUAAAUCAUAUUAUUGAAGAACUGCAGACAGUUGUAACUUUAAAUAUGAGAACCAGCUGUCAGUUUUGCUGGUCAAGUUUGGUUUAUCUAUUUAAUGACACAAUGUGCCCCUAUGAACAACUUUAAGAUGCCCCACCCUAUUUUUUUAUUUAAUGUGUGCCGUCUAAACUGGGCAUGUUUGCAGAUGUUACCGUCUCAUGCUGCUCUAAAACACUUGCCUUAAUGUUUCACCAUAUCCUUUUACGUUUUCACAAUAAUUUGUGAAUUGUAGUUUUAGAUUUUCACAUUAUCUGUGAAUUUCGUUCUUUUAUAGGUGUUUUCUUUUUUGUUAGUGAUUUGGAAAAAACAUCAACAGUAUGUGAGAUAAAAAUGAAACUCUGGUGUUUGGUUUGCUUUGCUCUGAAAUUGAACUCUUUAAGUAUUCAUGUGUUUCUGAUGUGGAUGAACUUGAUUGAGCUUGUUUGUAAAUAUUGUAUUUUGCCAUUGGUUUGAUUUUAUAUGGGACGUUUCACUCAUGGCCUUUGGUGUUCUUCAUAAAUAAGCUGAUGGGAGGUGUCAGCUGCACAGACA